CGGGGAGCGGAGCGGAGCGGAGCGGGUUGGUGCCGCCGGAGCGGCAGCGGCGCAGCGCGGAGCUCCAGCCCUGCGUUCCUUCCUUCCGUCCUUGUGCUCCUGCCUUCGCUCCGCGGCAGCGCCGGUACCGAUGAGCGGGCUCCGAGCGCCCGGCGUGCGGCCGGUGCCGACCUGCCUGCUCCUGCUGGGGCUGCUCCUGCCCGCCGCCGCCGCGGGGUGCGAGCUGGAGGCUGCGGACGGCGGCGGCGGCCGGCGCGGAGGACGGGGAGGCGCGGCCGCUGCGGCGGAGCCGGUGACAGAUCCCUGCAGUUCACUCAGCCCACCGUGCUUUACUGAGGAGGACCGGUUCAGCCUAGAAGCUCUCCGCAUGAUCCAUAAGCAAAUGGAUGAUGACAAAGAUGGUGGUAUCGAAGUAGAUGAAAGUGAUGAGUUUCUAAGGGAAGAUAUGCAAUACAAGGAUGCCUCAAAUAAACAUAGUCAUCUGCACAGAGAAGACAAGCAUAUCACCAUUGAGGAUCUGUGGAAACGCUGGAAAACGUCUGAAGUUCAUAACUGGACUCAAGAGGACACUCUUCAGUGGCUCUCAGAUUUUGUUGAAUUGCCCCAGUAUGAAAAGAAUUUUAGAGACAGCAAUGUCAAUGGAACAACACUUCCCAGGAUAGCAGUAAAUGAACAUGCUUUCAUGAUCUCUCACUUGAAAAUAAUUGACCGGAGUCAUAGACAGAAGCUUCAGCUUAAAGCCUUGGAUGUUGUUUUAUUUGGACCUCUCACUCGUCCCCCUCACAACUGGAUGAAGGAUUUUAUAUUAACAGUUUCUAUAGUUAUUGGUUUUGGAGGCUGCUGGUUUGCAUAUACACAGAACAGAACCUCAAGAGAACAUAUCACAAAAAUGAUGAAGGACUUAGAAAGUCUCCAAACAGCAGAGCAAAGUCUUCUUGACUUGCAGGAAAGGCUUGAGAAGGCACAAGAAGAGAAUAGAAACGUUGCUGUUGAAAAGCAAAAUCUGGAGCGCAAAAUGAUGGAUGAGAUCAAUGAUGCAAAACGUGAAGCUCAUCGCCUCAGGGAAUUGAGAGAGGGAGCUGAAUGUGAGCUCAGCAGGCUCAAAUAUGCAGAGGAAGAGUUAGUACAGGUUCGUAUGGCUUUAAAAAAGGCUGAGAAGGAGUUUGAGUUGAGAAGCAAUUGGUCUGUUCCUGAAGCUUUGCAGAAGUGGCUACAGUUAACACAUGAAGUUGAAGUACAGUAUUACAAUAUCAAAAGACAGCAUGCAGAAAUGCAAUUAGCAAUUGCUAAAGAUGAGGCAGAAAAGAUAAAAAAGAAGAGAAGCACUGUAUUUGGAACAUUACACGUUGCACACAGCUCCUCCCUGGAUGAAGUGGACCACAAAAUUCUUGAAGCAAAGAAAGCACUCUCUGAACUGACGACAUGUUUGCGAGAGCGUCUUUAUCGAUGGCAACAGAUUGAGAAGAUUUGUGGGUUUCAAAUCGCACACAAUUCUGGGCUACCAAGCUUGACCUCCUCCCUCUACUCUGAUCACAGCUGGGUAGUUAUGCCUCGAGUUUCCAUUCCUCCCUACCCAAUUGCAGGGGGCGUUGAUGACUUAGAUGAAGACACUCCUCCAAUAGUUUCACAGUUUCAUGGGUCCAUUGUAAAACCUCCCAGCACACUGGCAAGAAGCAGUAGCUUGUGUAGAUCAAGACGCAGUGUUGUGCCAUCAUCUCCACAGUCUCAGCACGCUUUGCACUCCCCUGACCCUGACAUCCUCUCUGUGUCGAGCUGCCCAGCUCUCUAUCGAACUGAAGAGGAGGAGGAAGCCAUUUACUUCUCUGCUGAUAAACAAUGGGAAGUACAGGAAACAGGUUCGGAAUGUGACUCCUUAAAUUCAUCCAUUGGAAGAAAACAGUCUCCUCCAGCAAGUCUUGAGAUGUACCAGACAAUUUCUCCUCAGAAAGUCUCACCAGAAGAAUUCUCACUUGAGGAAUCAUCUACAGGAGACUCCUCUUCUCUAACUGCAGAUGUUUCUAGGGGCUCUCCUGACUGUGUAGGCAUGGCAGAAACUAAGAGCAUGAUCUUUAGUCCUGCAAGCAAAGUUUAUAAUGGAAUCCUGGAGAAGUCUUGCAGCAUGAACCAGCUUUCAACUGGGAUCCCAGUCCCAAAGCCUCGUCACACCUCAUGUUCUUCGACCGGCAGUGAUAGUAAACCCAGCCAUGAAGCUGCUUCUGUCCCCAGGAUAAGCAGCAUCCCACAGGACCUCUACCAGAAUGGUGAAAAAAAUAAAAAGCCAUCAAAAAUAAAAAACCUCUUUAAGAAGAAGUGUAAGUGAGGUGGGCAGAAGGAAAGCUAUAGUAAUAUUAUAAGAACUCUAUUUUUUAAAUCUUUAGGAAUGUAAUUCCAUUUGAGCAUUCCAGACCGGAUGCCCUAAUGGAAUAUUCUGUAGGUCACCUAUAUUUAAUGACUGUACUGUCAACGGUUGUGCCAGCUGUCAAUGAGAAAUCAUUAAAACGUUCAGACAGUUUACAUUAAUUUCUGCCUAUUUAUUUCUUUAUUUUUUUAGGUUGUCUUUUUCAGCUUUUUUUUUUUUUUUUUUUUUUUUUUUUUUGUUUUUUUUUUUUUUUUUUUUUUAAUUUGAUUUGUUGGGCUUUUUAAAGUUUAUUCAUAAACCAUUUUUAAGCCACUUUGGACUCCUAAGCUUUAAUGGACUAGUAAGCCUUCCUGGGCUUGCCAAAGUUUCUUGUUUACUGGAGCAUCUUCCUAUCUUUCCAUAGAAGUAGGACAUUUAUCUACAGAACUUUAAGGAAAAUAAAAGAAGUAGAACUAAAUGAAUUGCACUACUGUUUUACAGACUGGAACAGUCUCUGCAAGUGAAACUGAAAGACUUGUAUUUGACUGAGAAGAUGAAUCUUUUCACUUUUAGAUCUUUUGGGGUUUUUAAGUAGAAUUUAGCAUUUCUAAUUGACUUGAUUUCUGGAAAUGGAAAUGUCAUGCUUUUAUUAUGGGAAGCUUUGUUAGAGGCAUUUAUUAUUAGAAUGGUUCAAGUCCUGCUGUAAAGAUCAUUUUUUUCCCAGGACUUUCACUGUGAUUUUAAUUCACUGCAGACUGUAUGAGAAACAAACAAANAAGAAAAAAAGAAAAAAGUAAAUUACCAAGAGAACAGGCUCUUGAAUCCUUAUGCAAGAUGGUUGUGAAACUUGACUGAAGACUGAAAAAAUUCACCUCUCAAAAUGAGGAGGGGGAAUAGUAGCUUUUGUUUACAGAUUGAUAGACAAUGAACAUUUGGGUGAAAGUUUGUACUGUGGUAAAGAUAAUAAAUUGGAAACAUUGUUAUGCUUGGGAAUGUUCCAAUUCUAGCUGAUGCUUGUUUCAGACAUGUUUCAGAGGUCCUGUUAAUUGGAAGCUGUUGUAGGCUACAUUGCUUAUGCUUACUGCUGUGUAUAAGUUAUUAUAUUUUUUGAAUUAGCUAUUAUUGUCUUAAUGUCCUCCUUUUGUAAUAUUUCAUACACUUUAUUUUUGUAUAGUUUGAAGAUUUAGCUGUUCAGAGAUGUCUGAAGUAAAUGGUAUAAUUUUAUAAUGCAUACUGUUAUACUAACUCAUAAUUUUAGGUAUAAAGAUAGAUAUAAAGGUGAGAUGACAUGCUUCAGAUAAAAGCAAUUUUUGGGAAGCUUUUUUUGGGAGAGAUGAAAUUACUGUAAGAAGGUAACAAGGAAGCCUUCUUAGGGUAGCAGUAGCUAGGUGUUCAAAAACAUAUUUUUAUUUUUUUUUUAAACAGUUGGAGACGAAAAAUGUACAGCUUAAGCAACAGUGCCUUUUAUUCAGUUUGAAAAUAUUAAUACUGAGCAGGAAUUUCUUCUGAGGUACAUUCCAAAGAAAUAUCUCCUGCUGUAGUCAACAGAAGCAAUUUACCCAAUGAUGACUAAACAGUCUCAGAUCUUCCAUAGGGGUGUUCUAAUUGCCUCAAUAGCAGGUGCCACUGCCAGGGACUUGUGAUUAGGGGCUCAAUUCUUGCUAAUAUGUAUGUGAUGUCCUGUGUGAAAGAAUUAUUUCACGGGCUGCCUACAUUUUUUCUAGUAAGGAGCCUUCAAAACCUGUAGCUAAUUGAAAUCAAGUGAUAUGUCUCUCUUCCAUCAUUUUCUAUUUAGGUUUCACUGUACAUACCCAAAGUGUUCUCUCCUCAAGAAGUGGUGGUGAUUUUAACAGAUUUACUGUGGUUAGUGACAUGGUUGAAAGAGGAGUGUUGUAAAAUGGGGUGGAGACCUUGCAUGUGCAAGUACUCUAAAUGCCCUGGUACACUGGUUAAUUCCUUAAGAGAACAGAAAUAAUCCAGAGUUUUGUUGUCUAACAGAGACUGAUUGUAGGCCAUCUAUGCAGAAAAUCAUGGGACAAAUCAACUAUUUGAUGAAGUUUGGAGAAGAAAAAAUUAGUGGAAUAGAAAACAAUGAGAAUGUAAUAUUGUUCCAUUAUUCUCUGAUUCAUCAGAUUGACUAGCUGUAGCUUCAGUAAAAAAGUAAUUGCAAGGUAGCAAUGGCCUCUUUGAACAAAGAUUGUACACUCUGUACAUGGCAGGCAACAAAAAGCAGCAAUGAAAAAAGACUUGUGGUGAAGAACCACCUCUGCUGAGCCUUCAAGAGCUGUAGCUGAAAGUCUGAUAAAGUACUUGAACAUCUGCAAAGGGAACAAUUACUUUUAUGCAAGUAGGGAACUUCCUGUGCCUCCCAAACAACAUGGAGAAGACUACUACCAGAAGUCUUGAUGCACUUGAGAAGGCUAUAGCAAUAAUUGAGUUUAAAAUCAGAUCUGGGGCUGGAUAGUAGAUCUUGGUGUGAAGUUUGAGUAAUUCUGUCUCUAUCAUUACCAAAAAAGAUAAAGUGGCAUUUUAGUCCUGGAGAGUAAAUAUGUACACAUGGAGAAAAAAGCUGACACUGAAUAGUGAAAGGGCAGCACUUCUUAAUUCUGAUAUUAAAAUUGGGCAAACUCAAAUACUGAGAAGCCAAAACAGACAAAUUCAGUUUUCUGUAUUAAGUAUAAAUAAAAGUGAAAUAGAGAUGGUAUUGAACUCUUAAUUGGCUGAGAGUUAAAAUAUUAAAUAUACUUUUAAAAAGACAAUUUAAGCACUUCCUGGAAAAAAAUUUUUUUUCAUGUUGUACAGACAAAUCAGGUGAGAGUUUCAUAUUGAUAGAUUUAGGCUUCGAAAUGGUUAAGUCUUUGGAGCACAGACUACUCUCAACUCUCAUUGUAUCACCAGCUGUCCUGUAAUUUUAUAGCUACUUCUUAAUAAGUAUUAGAGAACAAAAAGCUUAAAUUAAUACCAUCAGAAAUGGUGAGUAUUAUAUGUUGGAGAACAAACUAGUUCUACAUUAAUUGAGUUUAAUUUUAUUAUUUUAAUAGCCACUUGCAUUUCUUGCCAUUUAAAUUUGUCCACAAUGUAAGUGGCUUCCAUUGCUCCUACUGCAGAAAUUCCCAUAUUUAAAUGGUUUGUGUCAUUUUACCAAGGGAUGUUGAGAGCACUGGCUCCGAGGUAGAUCUUCACUGGCAGUCAUCAAAUCCAGUCUCAGCAUUGGAGUACCUGGCACUCAUCCACAUCUAAGAAGUGAGACAAUGUGCCUCAAAAGGUUCUCUGUUCCAUUUGCUAACAGUGCAACUUGAACUCACUGGCAGUCAGUGAGUCCAGCCAGCAUUCCAACCACUAGGAUUCAUAGGACCUCUUAGUCACUUGAGACAGUCAGCUAGUGUUGUUAGAGAUUGGCUUGUUUUUUUGUUUUGUUUGUUUGUUUUGGGUGUUUCCUCCUUUUAUAGCUAAAAUCAAUGUUCUGUUUUUAAUGAUCUAGUGUUUCAGAAGAAUUAGGCUCUUUGCUUUUAAAAUAUUUUGUUAGAGUACUUUGUCAGGACAGCAGCUUCUUUGUAGAAAUUGCUUAAAAGACUUCUCCCUGUUCAAGGUUGCUGUUUAAGUCACCUGUAAAAUGAAGAAGUGUCAAAUGUAUGGUUUCAUAUAAAAAAGAAAAAAAACCCCAGUUCUUCCAAACCCAAACCUUUUCCACAAUUCUUACUAAAGCUAUAUGACACUUGAUUAGCAUAAGAGUUUUGGGAAAGGUAUUUUGGUUGCCAUGGGGAUGCUUUUUACCAUCUUAUAGUGGACUUCAAGAUUAAAACAGUUGAUUGUAUUUGGAUUUUUUGUUUUUCAUUUUGCUUGGUUCCCCUCCAUCCCUCAUCCCCACAGCUCAGUAAUGGAACUUGAAAUUGUUCAUUGACAGUUCCAGGUAUAUGUCAACUUUUCUUCCCCCACUGGUACCUAGCUGGUGGAUUACCCUCUACUUCCUGAAGAGUAAUCUGCUGAAAGAGGAAAAAUUCUCAAUCAUAGUCCAAGUAGUAAUGUUAUUGUAAGAAUAUAGUUCCUUGUUUGGAAGCCUAGAAAAUGAUGAACCCAAGAAUACUUGAUUUCAGUUUUCUCAUGGUAUUUAUGGAUGCCAGAUGGAGCAACUGACUGAAAGCCUAAAAAGAUAAAGCUAAUUAGAAAUUAAAGCUUUCAAGAUUUUGCCCUUUUGCUUCCCAAAAUAUGGGAACAUGGCUUGCACAGGAGGGAGACAAGCUAACUAGUAUUUCUUGUAUCACCAGCUUUUAGAAUUUCAGGAUAGUUUCAUUCCAUUUGCACGAUACAUUGAAUUGCUACCUUACUUUCAUAAGUAUGCAGUGAAAUGUGUUUUUUUUCCCAUUCAAUUACAAGCAUAUUUAUGAGCAGUAGAGAAUGUAAAUAAAAUUUUUUUAAAGCCAAAUAGAGGAAUUACUAAUUCUUGGACUUCUUGUCUAUUUGCUUAUCUCCUUGAGCAAUAUGUUUAGUCAGAUGAACACAUUUUUCUAGUCUGUUCCAGCUGCUUUUACUAUAGGGGUGUGUUACUAUCUCAUGCCUGAAUCACUGCUCCAAAUUGCUUGUAGACAUUUUAAUCCUGGAUGUUGCAUCUUCAGUAUUUCAUGGUGAAGUUUGCUGUGCCUGGUUGAGUCUAAGUGCUGCUAACAUUUUCUGCUAGUGCCACAGAUGUCGGGGUAACUAAUAACCAAAAAUUGCCUGUGGAGUUUGGCUGCCUGACAGUGUGUAGAUGUUUAGGUCCAUUCUUUGAGGCUUCAGUAGCAGUUCAAAUGUGUCAUACAGGUUCAACAGAUAGUUUUUCCUUCCAGCCCAGUACAGAGGGUGCUUUUCUGAUUCUCCACUUAGUCCUCUGUUACAUAAACAGAAUGCACCAAUUCAUAUAACAAUAACAAAGUUUAACAAAGUGUAACAAUAUCAAAGUUUAAACUAUUAUUCCUGGGUGCUCUUGCAUCUACCAUUGCUUAAGCAGAUGGCAGUACUUAUCAAUCCACUUCAGGCAUUCAGAAAUAAAGGAGAUUUGUGUUAUCUGUUGUUUUUCUUUACAACUUUAAAUCUCAAGUUUACCAAAUUGCAUGUGUGUUCUGUGUAUUUAAUGCUUCACUGAAAUGAAAGUGGGAAGGUUGAUUUCUGUUUAGAUGCUAAGGAUAACACAUUUGAGCAAGGUAAAAAGAAAUGCCUCUUGCUUAUUAAAGAGGAUGAAAAAUGCUCAGUGGUAUUGAAUUUCCUAAGGAACACUUGCAAUUUAGAUUGCUGGAGAUAAGAGGUACAUUCAAUCUCAAGGCUUUCAGAUCAGUAACUUUUAAAUCCAACAAAACCCCCCACUUUCUUCUUUAUAUGUACUCUCCAGGAUAUUACCUUAUUUCUAAUUUCUAUUCUGUUUUUCACCCGGCAUUAAAUUUAGUAAUUACAGUACUAACCGGGGUGAUUGCCAAACCUCAGAGCAGUUUCAGAGAACCUUUUGUAGCAUGUCUUAAUGUCAGUUUUGGUUUAAUAUGUGCUAAAGACAUCUGAAUUAAAACGUUGUCCUUCACAUUCCUUUUAUUUUAAUUCAUCUCAAUUCUUUGUGAUCCCUCUCCUGUUAAAAAAAUAAACAAGUACUGGUAGUCGUUUAGAGUAUUAGAGGCUUUUUUCAGUUGGUAAUUACUAAUAGAUAAAUGAUUAAUAGUUGCCUUUUAAAGACUUUGUCACAGUUGGAUAUUGUAAAAACACCGCUGUACUUCAGGUGAAUGAGGUAGAACAUUGGUUGGUGUGAUUCGUGUAUAAGUGGCAAAGUUAUCCUUUAAUUAUCUUUUGAUUGUUUAUUUGUGUCUUAAGUUAAUGCUGCACAAUUAUUUUCAGACUUGAAUUAAUUUAAAAUUAAGGUCAGUAUGUCCAGCCCUACAAAAGUCAGUCUUCAGCUGUCAGCCAUCACUCCAUUCUUACAGAAAUUAAUGACAAUCUUGAAUAUUUGUAUUAGUUUGUUGGGUGGUAGAAUGGAUUCUGAUAAGUCUUCAAGUGGAAGGCAGAGAACUUGUGAAGUGAACUAGGUAACCUGUGUUCUUUAUCAUCUUUCAAAUCCAUCUCCCAGUAAGAUGGAGUCUCCCCAUGGGAAUGUAGAUGUUCUUACUGCUUGGAACUUUGUAGUUAAUUAUAGUUGGCUCUCUAAUUCUAAUAACUUGCAUGUGUGCUAUGCUUGCUUGCUUUUCAAUACCUGACAAAAUCUAUAGGAGAUCUUGGGAGUUUGUCUUAAAAAAUUGCUGUUAAAAAAAAAAAAAAGACUGGCAAGAGAAAUCUAUCAGGCUGUGAACUGAAUAGAAUGAACAAAGAGACCAAGUGUUGUCUAAAAGUAUUGUUUAAAUAAUGCUUAAUGAAAUGAAUUGGGUAGCACAUCUGUUUUCACAUUGCUCUCCUCCAAGCAAUAUAGUUAGAAUACCCUACACUUCAGCAAGGCUGUUUGGGAGAUGUCUUGCCCUGGUUUUAUUUUUAAUUUAAAUAACAUUGAGUUGUAGUGAGUGUUCAGCAUAUUAAUGCCUGACUUAAAAGUUUAGCAGAAUUUGAAUGACUUGCAUUGUUUUGUUUAAUUACUUCUUUAUUAAAAUGUAGAUACUUGCAUAAAGCCCAUUGGAUCUGGA